AUGCCCCAGGCGCAGUGCAUGCGCUGUGCCGUGUGCGGCGCCGAGUCGUCCAAGUACACCCUGCCUUGCUUCCAGCAGCACAAGAGCAGUGCCAAGUGCGCCGCCGAGCGGGCGUCGCACGAGCGGCGGGCGGCGAUCGGCGCGCCGUCGUCGCUGCUGCAGCGCGGCGCGCGCGACCCCUCGCGCUUCAUUGCGAUGCGCGACUAUGACCACACACAGAUGAUGCAGGACUACCAGUUCCUUAGCCAGGUGGGGCGCGUCGUCUCGUCCACCGGCAAGGGCCUCUCUGAUGCCCGCAUGCUGCCCGACGCAGGCAAGCCAGGAGCAAAUGCACGCCGUGUACCGGCCGCGCAGCACCGGCGUGAGCAGCUCAGCAAGCAGAUCAUGUUCCGCAAGCUGCCGAUCAUGCUCCUGCCCGACGGCAUGUCCAAGCGGCAGCAGAACAAGACGUACUGGGACACGAAGAAGAAGAGUGUCCUGUACACGGUGCAGUGCACCUUUCCCUGUGUGCCAGACGCAGAGGGCGUGAGCGUGCAUGGACAGGCAGGCGAUGCUGACAUUGGUGCGUCGCUGCGUCGUGCGCUUGGCCAAGGCGACGCAGAAGAGCCCGAGGCUAAGCGCCGGCGGACGGACCGAAGGAGCGCGCUGGGCCUUGUUCCUGAUGCCUCCGGGGGGCUCGAGGCCGCGAGCGAUGCGAUGCUCCUCCUGCGCAUCUACCCGCUGCGUCUGCGUAACGAAACGACGACGCGCUUCCUCGACUGGUGGUCGCGCAAAGGCGCAGCGCUGGAAGCGUCCGGCGAGGUCGCAUUUUCUGCACCGCCUGCGCGCCGUGAGCCGCUCGUGCCGCAGCAUGUGCUCGACUCGGUCGCGCGGUUGCACGGAAAUGAAGGCAAGACGGCGCAGACGGAUGAUGCGCUGGCGUGGGCGCACGUCGCACUCUACGUGUCAGUCCCUGCCGCGUCCAAAAUUGAGUGGCUCUUUCGGUCACUGCCGCCCGACUAUGGGAUUGUCGAGUUCCUCGAGCUUGAAGUAUGGGAAAAAGAGGCAUUUGCGGCUGCCGAGCGCCGGGGCAAGUGUCAGUUGAUGUCGCUUGUGCCUGCGCGCGAAGAGGUCGUGCCGAGUAAAGGCAAAGCACACAAGAGUAUCGAGCCGGAUGCGGCCGACACGCCGGCGCCAGUAGAGGCCGAGCCUGCAGCGCCGGCGGCGGCGAGCGAGACUGCCGCUGUGUCCGAGUCUGGUGUGCCACCUGCUGUACCUGCUGUUGCGCCUCCUGCUGCGCCGGCUGUGCCGCCUCCUGCCCCUUUCGUGCCUGCAGCGCCGGUCCCCUCUUCUACCGCCUCGACGCUCGUCGGCUAUGCGAGCUCUGAUAGCGAGGGCGAAAUGUAG